AUGAUACGCACCUGCCUCAUGCCAAAAUGUCUUAGACUCUUGCACGUUUGAUGUCACUGACUGUACCCUCUUUUCUCAGGGUCCUGUGAGCACAGAGGUAUAACAACAAUCAGCAAGUCCAUCGUCAGUCAACUGAAUGCCCACUUGAAUGCUGGCUACAAACUGGGGAGGGUGGGGAAAUGAUUCUAAACCUGUGCAUGGUUCUGAAUCUCAAUACUGUUACUCUGGGUUGUGCCUCAAUUGUUGACAUGAGAUUUUACGGUAACUACAAAAAUCCUAUUUUGAGAACUCAAUUUAAACACCAAAGCUUGUCAAGUAGCUGGUAUGGAACUGGUAACAACUUCAUUGUUGGUAAUAACACCCUGUAUUAUCAAUUUAACAACCCAUUUAGCAUGGUCAAACUGAAUAUUACUACUAUGAAAUAUGAGCACAGGGUGAUUGCAAAGGCUAGCACCAGAUUCUCAUACAGUCACUCACCCAAUCAGAACCUAGACUUUGCUGCUGAUUAGAAUGGGCUGUGGGUGACCUAUGCCACAGAGGAAUCCAAGGGUAAAAUGGUAAUUGCUCAAAUCCAUGAACCAUCAUUUGGUAUAGAGGAGUUGUUGGAAGCCAGUGUGUGCAAACCAUCUGUGAGCAAUGCCUUCAUGGUGUGUGAGGUUUUCUAUGCUGUCAGAACAGUUGACAUUCACUAUGAGGAUAUAUUUUACACUUAUGACACCAAGACAAAACAAGAGAGCUACAUGAGCGUUCCAUUUGAGUGGUUCCAGGACAAGUAUGUCAACCUCGACUGCAACCCACUGAACAGAAACUUGACAUGUACAACGAUGGCUACUAUGUCAACUAUCACUUCUGGUUUGACACACAGACCACUGUAA